GUGCGGGAGCGCGUGCGGCCCUUCCCCGACUUCCCCGCGCCCGGGGUGCUCUUCCGCGACAUCAGCCCCUUGCUGAAGGACCCGGUGGCUUUCGGGGCUCUGCUCGACCUCCUCGAGGCCCAUCUGAGGGCCUCCUUCCCCCACAUCGACUUCAUCGCAGGUCUCGACUCGCGCGGCUUCCUCAUCGGGCCGCCGCUGGCACAGAGGCUGGGCAUCGGCUUCGUGCUCAUACGCAAGAAGGGGAAGCUUCCCGGGCCCACGGAGUCCGUCUCCUACGCGCUGGAAUACGGCRAGGCCGAGCUGGAGAUCCAGAGCGACGCGGUGGAGCCGGGCCAGAAGGUGGUGGUGGUCGAUGACCUGCUGGCCACGGGAGGCACCAUGCGCGCGGCCUGCGAGCUGCUGGCGCGGCUCCGUGCCCACGUCCUCGAGUGCCUCGUGGUCAUCGAGCUGCGGCCGCUGCGCGGGGCCGAGCGCCUCCGCCCGCUGCCCUUCCACUCGCUGCUGCAGUACGACUGAGGGACACCGCCGGGGACACCACGGGGGACAGCGGGGACACCACAGGGACACUGCAGCCCACCCCGUGCUGACCCUACAUUGCAAACACCUCCAUUCCUCUUGUUUUCCAAGCCUCAGAACUAGUUGUGUUUAGGAGUUUUUUUUUUUACUUUCAUGCUCAUCCUUCUGGGAAGGGAGAGUGGUUUUUGGGAAGCAUGAAGCAGCUUUCGGGAUUUGUUGUUAUUUUUUUAAGGAGAGCGGAGGGAGAUGGGUGCUGCCGGGGCAGGAGGGACUGGGGGCAGUGCGGGGCCUGGCGGUGCCUUGGCCAAGCUGUGCUGGUCGGGCACAGGGCACCCUUGGGUGUCAAGGGAAGCGCAGCCGCCUCUCGCCUUGUGCAUCCCGUCCUGCUCCGCUCGUGGCCGUGGGAGCUGGACCCACAGGUUGGGCCUGGCUCUGUCCUGGGAGCAGCUUCAUCCCCGCCUGCCAAAGCUCGGGGCUGGUGUCCCCGCCGAACAGGGCCUGGACGCGCUGAUAAAAUAAACGCUGCCCUGCUGCUUUUUUAAA